CUCACUACACAGCUACUUGACAAUAAUCUAUAUAUAAUAAUAUGGAAGGAAAAAUUUUUGAAGCGUAUCGUGCACUUGGAUUAUAUUCAACUCAUAUACCGCAUUGUACAAGGUAUCACCAGAGACAAAAAGAACAUUACGUAUUUGUAGCAGUUGGAAAAGUAUUCCAUUCAUACAAUUGUUCCAAGCUUGGUAUAACUCAAGUCAGCAACGCCCAUCCAGAAGACAUUUCUUGCAUUGCUGCUGAUCGUUUUUUGGUUUAUACUGGCUGUGGAAAAACAAUCAGAGCUUUUCAACAUAAUCGACAAGUGAAAUAUAUAUAUGAAGGUCAUAAUGAUGAUGUUCAUCUUCUUUUACCUUAUUCGGAACAUAUCAUAUCAGUUGAUAAAUCAAGCACGGUAAAGAUAUGGCACAUACAGUCACAAGAACUAUUUACUGAAAUGGAAUUCAACAAUAACUCAUUUGAAAUAUCAACUAUUCUACAUCCAAGUACAUAUAUGAACAAGGUUUUAUUUGGAUCAAUUCAGGGCAAAAUGCAAUUAUGGAAUAUAAGAAAAAAUGAAAUGUUGUUUGAAUUUUCUAAUUCUGAAGACAGCUCAUCUAUAGUGUCUUUAGUUCAAGCUCCCGCAGUCGAUGUUGUGGCGAUAGGGCGUUCGAGUGGUAAUAUCAUGCUGCAUAAUAUUCGGGUGAAUCAGGAAAUUAUGAAAUUUCGACAAAGUGGUGGUCCUGUAAUUGGUGUGGCCUUUCGUACUGAUGGACCAUCCACUAUGGUUACUGCUAGUCCGCAAGGUAACAUUGCUGUGUGGGAUUUGGAUGAAAAACGCUUGUUAGGCAUGAUGGAGCAUGCUCAUUCGACUGCUAUUGCUGGCAUGACAUUUAUUCAUGGCCAGCCUUUGUUGCUAACUAACGCUUCGGACAACAGUAUAAAAAUGUGGGCUUUCGAUCAGAGUGAUGGAAAGGGGAGGCUACUUCGUCACAGAGAUGGUCAUUCAGCCCCACCCACGAAAAUAAAAUUUCACGGAGAUAGUGGAGAAAACAUUCUAACGGUUGGACUUGACUCGACCAUGCGUUCGUUUUCUACAAUACAUGAAGAAAAAAACAAAAGCUUAGGUCAAGCUUCGAGAAAUAGAUCUGCUGCAAAGAGGGUAGGAAUCAGGCAUGAUGACGGAAAACUAUCACCAAUCGUUGAUUUUUGUUCUAAGACUGCCAAGGAGAGAGAAUGGGAUAAUAUUAUUGCGUUUCAUCAUCGAUAUUCUCACGCAACAACAUGGAAUUAUCAAAAUUGUAGAAUGGGAUCAUUCAAACUUCUUCAUGAAAGAUUUCAAAAAAAUCAGCACAAAAAAAGUAAUGAUAGAAGCGAUAAUUCUAUAUCAAAUGCACAUUGCUAUGUGACUGCUGUUACAAUGACUGAAUGUGGGAAUUUUUGUCUAAUUGGUUAUAAUACCGGCGACCUUGAUAUUUAUAAUAUUCAGUCUGGAAUAUACAGAGGCAGUUUUACUGAGGGUGACAAGGAAAAUAAUGGAACAGCUCAUGAUAAAUCUAUCACUGGCCUUGCUGUUGAUUUUCUUAACCAAAUUGUCGUGUCAGCAGGCUUAGAUCUGAAUCUCAAGUUCUGGAAAUUCAAGUCAAGGCAAUUGCUGGAUGUUAUAAACUUACCUUCUCUCCCAGCCAUACUAAAUUUACAGGGUGGUAAUUCAAUGAUUGCUGUUGCUCUUGACGAUUUUUCCAUCCAUGUGUAUGAUCUAGAUACAAGGAAACUUGUUAGGCAUUACCCCGGUUGUCAAGGUGCCAUUACAGAUAUGACGUGGAGCACUGACGGAAGAUGGCUCUUAUCAUCAGCCAUGGAUUGUACUAUCAAAACUUGGGAAUUACCGUCAGCACAUUUGAUAGAUUGCUUUCUAGUUCAUGCUGCUGCAGUUAGUUUAGCAUUGUCACCAACUUCCGAUCUUCUAGCAACUUGUCAUGUAGAUGAUCUUGGAAUUUAUCUUUGGUCAAAUCGUUCAAUAUUUACAAGAAUAUCUUUAAAGCCACUGCCAAUUGAUUUCCAUCCUUCAAAUAUUGUUGAAUUACCCAAAACUGAUGUCAUGGAUCAAGACCAAGAAAAAGAUGCCGAACAACGAUCAGAUGAGAUUGAAAUUGUUGAAGACGAAUCACAAUUAGAAAACGGAUCUUUUGAACCAUUAGAUGACAGUUUGGUAACUUUAUCACUUUUCCCACAAUCAAGAUGGGCUAAUUUGCUGUCUUUGGAUGUCAUAAAACAGAGGAAUAAACCGAAAGAGCCACCAACUUUACCAAAAUCUGCACCUUUUUUUCUUCCUACCAUAGCUGGACUUGAACCGACUUUUGAUAUUUCAGAAGAAAAGAUAGAAUCAAAGAUCAACAAACGCUCUAUACUUAAUCCUUUGUCAGACAUUGGUUUAGCAUUAUUAGAUCAAAAAUCAGAAACACCUUUUACAAUAAUGAAUAAACUAAAAGAGUUAGGGCCAUCAGCUAUCGAUAUUGAAAUACGUGGUUUGUCCCCAGAUGGUGGUGGCUCAGUGGAGCUGAUGUCUGCUUUCUUGUCAUUUAUUUUAUCAAUGCUGAGAUCAAGGAGAGAUUUUGAACUAGUUGAAUCAUAUCUUGGAUUGUUUAUGAAGGUACACUCUGAGAUGAUAUCCAGUGAUUCUACACUAUUGACAUAUCUAAGAGAGAUUGAAAUGGAACAUAAAGCUGCAUGGGACUGUCUAGGAAAAGACAUUGAUCAAUGUGUUUGUCUUGCAAAUUAUGUCAAAUCUUCCCUUAUUUAGCAAGCAGUUUUUACUACCAAUUUCAAAUUUGAAGUUGAAAUGAUAGCAGACUGCAUAUAUAAAAAUAUCUUUGUGCUAUAAAAACUCAAUACUUUAUAUUAUUGAUGAUUUGGUGCUUAUAUUCAAGCUUGGAAACACUAUUGAUUUUGUCAUGAUUCGCUGUGUUAGGUAUUUUAUUUUAUGAAGAGUCCAUUGUCCAUACGAAUCAUGACUGCAUUGAAU